CCAUCCCAAUACAACCUUACCGUCAACUCCAAGUUGGAAUAUUCUUGUUCUAACAAAUAUAAUUGUGCAUCCAUUCCAACGAAAUGGCUCCAAGCACUUUCAACGUUGUUGUAGUCGGAUAUGGUCUCUCCGCCAAAGUUUUCCACAUCCCAUUCAUCCCGCAAAUACCAUCGUUGAAGCUCUAUGGGAUUGUGCAGCGGUCUCCCCAGCCUGGCAACGAUGCAGGAGCGGAGCAUGCCGGAAUUAAGACGUGGACGGACUACAGCGAAAUGCUGCAAGAUGAGGCAGUCGAUGUCGUUGUGGUGACCACUCCGCCCGAGUCGCAUUUUGGAAUGUGCGAAAGCGCUUUGAGGAGGUCGAAGCACGUCGUUGUCGAAAAGCCGUUCGUGCCGACUGCAACGGAGGCUCAAUUGCUAUUCGAACUUGCGAACGAAAGAGGCUUGCAUAUAAUGGUGUAUCAGAAUCGCCGGUACGAUUCUGAUUUCCUUACCGUGUCGGAGUUGAUCAAGGGUAACGUCCUCGGCCGCAUCGCCGAGUUUGAAUCCCACUUCGACCGGCAUCGGCCGGACCCUCCAGCUACGAGCUGGAAGGUCGACGUGUCCCAGCCCGCGACGGGGGCCAUCUUCGACCUGGGAACCCAUCUGAUCGACCAGGCCGUCUGUCUCUUCGGCGCGCCAGAGAGCGUCACUGCUUUCCUUACCAAUCAACGAAACGUACCGGAGGCUCCGCACGAUUCAUUCACGGUUCUGCUCACGUACAGGGACCCCGAGCUUCCUCUUGUCACGCUCAAGGCCGGCGUCGUCAGCGCGGAGGCAGCGCAGCUACGUUUCUGGGUCCGGGGCACGAACGCGUCGUUCCGAAAAUCGUACUUGGACGUCCAGGAAGACCAGUUGCGUGCGGGCUGGGCGCCGUCACAGGAAGGGUUUGGAGUGGAUCCGGAAGAACACUAUGGGACGCUCACUCGAUGGGUGGAUGGACGACCCGAAGUCCAAACAUUGCCCACCGCUGUACCGGAGACGUACAAGGGGUUCUAUCAAAACGUUGCGGACACUUUGAGGGGGAUAUCCAAGUCGUUGGUGUCCGGUGAAGAGGCUAGUACGGUGAUGAGGGUAGUCGAGCUGGCGAGAGAGAGCUCGGAAUCCAGGAAAACAUUGUAUCUGUGAAAUAUGAUAUCCUCAACUUCUCUUCAAUUGGGUUGGGCAAUAGUCUAUAUUCAAAACCAACACAACCAGAAGUGGACGAAGGCCGGAUACAGGCGACGGACAAGCUCUCAGCGCAAUGGUUCGAUAAUGGCUCUCAAGACAGAUGCCAAUUCUGAAAUAUAUUCACUUUCCACCGGAUCUAGUAAAAUAUCGACGGCUCAUGAUUCUUCCUUGAUAAAUUUGACAUACGCAUCCUCAUCCAUCAGCGUCUCCAGCUCCCCCUUAUCGGCGAGCUCGAUCUUCGCAAUCCACCCCUCCCCUUCCGGACUCUGAUUUAUCGUGGCCGGCUUGC